UCCCAAGAUUUUGCUUCGCAUGAAUUCUGUACAACUUGUAAGAAAAUGGUAUCUCGUUUCUUUUACUGACUUGAUCAAAUUUCCUACUUUAAAUACUUCUCAGAGCAAAGAAGAGAUAACAACUUACAUGAACGACUUCUGUAAACUUUUUGAAAAACUGGUCGAUCGUCAUGCUCCUAUGGCAGUAACAAUGGCUCAAGGGAUAAUGGAUUUGCACAAAAAAUAUCCAGAGAAAUCCUUGGAGUUGCCAAUUUUAUAUUUUUUGGACCGAUUUUACACAUCUAGGAUCAGUAUACGCUUUCUUGUUAGGCACCACAUAGAAGUAUACAAGUCGUUUUCAGAGAAAAGAAAAGAUCCCAAAAGAAGAGCCACUUUAGUGGGGCUGGUGGAUACCGACUGUAUUGUUAAAGAAAUACUUGAAGACGCUUAUCGUGACGCUUCCUUUCUUAGCCAGCAACACUACACGCAGUCCCCUGAAUUAAAGAUUGUCUGCCCUCAGGAUAUCAGGAACUUUACUUAUAUUCCUUUACAUCUUUACUACAUUUUCUUCGAACUACUAAAGAACUCUUUAAGAGCCGUAAUUGAAUUUCACAAGGAUAAAAACGAACUUCCUUGCAUCCAAGCUAUAAUAGUGAAAGGCGCCGAGGACUUAUCGAUAAAAAUAUCCGACCAGGGAGGAGGAAUUCCUCGUUCAGAUUGGCUUUCUGUUAAUUCUUAUAUGUUCUCCACGGCAAAUAAGAUUCCAGAAUUAUCCAUAUCUCCCACCUUCGAUAUAAAUAACGCACCUCUCGCUGGUUAUGGGUUCGGACUUCCUCUUAGUCGUUUGUACGCAAAGUACCUCGGAGGUGACCUGCAAAUUAUUUCUCUAGAAAAUUAUGGCACUGAUGCUUACAUUCACUUAAAAGCAACUGCUAAGGACUCAAGCGAAGUACUUCCGGCCUUUAGCCCAGCCGCCAUAAAGAACUACAGCUCUAUUAUCCCUUUAAAGUGGAAAAUAUUAAAAUAA